UUUUUUAUAUCAUUAUUUAUCCAAAAAUGUUAUUUGACGUCAAGGCUGCGUGAUCACGCGUGACAAGGAAUAGCGUGACUGUCACUUUGUUGUUGAUCGAUCGCUUGGUAUCGAUCAACGCCUCCAUCAACAUGAAUCCUGUUCGCUUCACUUUCGCCGCUUUUUUCAUCUGUUCUUUUCUCUAUUUUACUCAAGUAGMAGGAGUGAUUAACAUAGUCCCACCAUAUCCUGCAAAUCCAAUUUUAAUUGAGGGCGAAUCAGCAGAACUUACUUGUAUAGCUGAAGACGAUCAAAAUGUUACCAGACCUGUAAACAURACCUUCCKCAAGAAGAUCAACAUAUAUGGUGACACAGCACCAAUACCAGACGGAGGAAACUAUACUUUCAAAAGUAGAAAUGAAUCAAAUGGUAGGCGACUGCUAGUAACAAUGGUGAUAAAAAAGAUGAUUGCAAAUCUGGCUGGUGAUUAUACCUGUCGAUCAUGGCGCCCCAAUGAUGGCAGUGACCGUGCAGUAAGGCCAGCAGGUCAUGACUUUCAUGUCUUAUACGUUGCACAAAAUAGUCUUCCCAGCCUGAACUAUUCUAAUAACGUGACUACUGAGUUUGGUAAGCCAGCAAGUUUGUUCUGCAUGCUGGCAUCAAAYGACAAAAGAGUGAGCAAUGUGAAGUUGGACAAAAUUGCCUGGUUUAAAAAUAACAUUUUCACUGGGAAAGAAGURGCACAGUUGGAAGAUAGACUCCCUAAUAUUGAUCUCCAGAUGAAAGAUCCCACUGAUGCUGGGAAAUAUACCUGUCGACUGUUCACAACCCUUUUUUCAACAAGAAAGUACAACAUUUCUGGCACUAUAACAGUUUCAAUCAAACCACGAUUUCCGUCAAUAACUGCAAACAGUGUUGGGGAUGAUGGUUAUGAAAUCACUCUGGAUGAGAACGAAAUCAUCAGAAAAAAGGGUGAAUCGGCCAAGUUCAACUGUAUAGCAGAGGGAAAUCCCAUAACAAUCACAUGGAAAAUGACACCGAAAUCUGGAGAAACAAAAGUCCUAAACCAGACAGCUCUAGUAAAUGAUAGUUCAUCGCACUACAAGUUUUCAAAUGACGAGAAAAGGCUCAAGGGAUUUUGGAUGGAGAUUCCUGAAACAAACUAUGAUGAUCGUGGUGAAUACAGAUGCUGCUUUGACAUUGAUAAUAAGCAGCAAUGUCAGAAGUUUACUUUGAGGGUUAAAGGUAUCUAACCUCACAUCUUAAUA